CUGAACAAUAUUUUUUUCCCACUGCUCACUGGAAGGCAAGCCGUUGAUUGGGUCAGAAGGGCCAUCCUUGGAAGCAUGUUCCACAGUCAUGGUACCAUCACUGAAAAGGUCCUGUCUCUUUUGUUCAUCCACUUAGCGGAUUAGUGGGCUAAACCAUUGUUAAAGGACCAGGGAACAGUUGGGGUCAUUUUCAACGUGGGCACGGAUGACAUCACCAUUGAGGAGAGCAACGCCAUGGUGAACGAUGGCAAGUACCACGUCGUGCGCUUCACCCGGAGCGGUGGCAACGCAACGCUGCAGGUGGACAAUUGGCCUAUCAAUGAGCGAUACCCGGCAGGGAACAGUGAUAAUGAGCGGCUGGCGAUUGCUAGACAGAGAAUUCCGUAUCGGCUCGGUCGAGUAGUAGAUGAGUGGCUACUCGACAAAGGUCGCCAGCUGACGAUAUUCAACAGCCAGGCAGCCAUCAAAAUCGGAGGCCGGGACCAGGGCCGACCCUUCCAGGGCCAGAUCUCGGGGCUCUACUACAAUGGACUCAAGGUGCUGUCCUUGGCAGCUGAGAGCGAUCCAAACGUGAAGGUGGAGGGGAACCUGCGGCUGGUGGGCGAGGUGCCGUCUGUCAUGACCACGGAGACCACGGCCACCACUUUGCUGGCAGACAUGUCCACUACCAUCAUGGAGACCACCACCACCAUGGCCACCACCACGACGCGACGUGGCCGCUCUCCCACCAUGCGCGACAGCAUCACCCAGAACACAGAUGACCUCUUGGUGGCGUCAGCCGAGUGCCCCAGCGAUGACGAAGACCUGGAGGAAUGCGAGCCGAGUACUGGAGGUGAAUUAGUAUUGCCCAUAAUAACCGAAGAUUCUCUAGACACCCCUCCAAUUGCCACCCGCUCUCCAUUCAUCCCCCCGCCACCCACUUUUGGCCCCUUCCUCACGGUAGUGGAAGCCACCAAAGACACCCUUUCCCCGCCGUCCCAUCCGAGGCCCCCCUGUCUGGCCGACCAGGACGACAGCGACUGCGAAGAGGGGAUUGAGGCCUCCGGUUAUGCCUCAGGCGAGGUCUUCGACUCCAGCCUGCCCCCCACUGAUGACGAAGAUUUUUAUACCACUUUCCCCCUGGUCACGGAUAGGACCCUAAUUGGCCGGCCUGAAGGAGCGUCCAAAAAAGCCCACGGACACCGCCCCAACCUUAGGACAGGCCUGCCGGCUUCGCCCUCCGUCCCUGACCUCUUGACCACCACCUCGCCCAGCCUGGUCCGCAACAUCCCCGCCGGCAAAAUGAACAACCGGGAGCCCCUCAACCCCCAGCCAAAACAGUACCCCCCGCUGCCCACCUCCUUUGAACCUGACAAGCUGAACAGGCUUAAAUACCCACAUAUAACCCCUUCCCCCAAUUUCCACAAUCUGCCCACAGCUAACCCCACCGGCCCGGGGGAGAGGGGCCCUCCGGGAGCAGUGGAGGUCAUCCGGGAGUCCAGCAGCACCACCGGCAUGGUGGUCGGCAUCGUGGCCGCCGCUGCCCUGUGCAUCCUCAUCCUCCUCUAUGCCAUGUACAAAUACCGCAACCGGGAUGAAGGCUCCUACCAGGUGGACCAAAGCCGGAACUACAUCAGUAACUCGGCACAAAGCAACGGCACGGUGGUCAAGGAGAAGCCGGCCGCUGCCACCAAAACGCCCAGCAAGAGCAAGAAAAACAAAGACAAGGAAUAUUAUGUCUGAGGCCCCCCCUGGCCCCCCAGCCCCUGCGUGUGCCAGAGAGACCGACACCCAGCAGCAGGCACACACAGUGAAACCACCCAGACCUACACACCCCCAAACCUUCUGGAGAGGAGACCACCCAAAUGCACCCUUUCCCUUCCUCCGCAGAGAGGCCAACCGGUGGCGCCCUAAAAUGGCAACCUCCACCCCCCUUGGUUUGCUCAUCCCUCUUUUACUUAAGCCCUUCACUUGCAAAAAAACAAAAAGCGAGCCAAGUCAAGACGCUCCCAAGGCCUCCCUCCCUCCCUCUUUUCCACCCUGACCUUCCAAUCCUGCAGGGUUGUUGUUUUUUUCCCUUAGGCAAACUGAGGGGGAAGGGAAGCCACAGUGACCCAGGUGAGUUGUUUAGGAGCAUCAUCCUACAAUUGCCUGUUGGUCCCAGGCGAGGGACGCUGGAAAGAAGGAUUAAAGGGGGGGGGAGAUUUCAGGCUUCCCAGGUGAGGUUGAAGCCAGGAGGUUGCUUCGUGAUCUGUACGCAUGAGAGUCAUUGCCCCUCCUUGUGAGGGGCUUGGUGUGGGGCAAAAACUGUGGUCCACCCCCCCUUGCCUGAUCCCACCCUCCAGCUCCCCAGAACCACACUCUGAACCAGAGAGUCCCAGCAGGAGCCGGAGGGGCCACGCUCCUAUCUCUACAGGACCCUGACUGGACUGGGGAGCAGAGAGGUACAGUGGCCAAACACAGCCCCACUCUCUUGGAAUUCUCUAAAAAAAGGGGGGUCUGCCCUUUCUAUUGCUUCCCUCCCCCCGUCCUCUUUCUCUCUUCGUUAAUGUGUCAGAGUCUUGGAAACGUGUGGAAUAAAACAAACAAAAAGAUUUUUAAACAGACAAACAAAUUAUAAUAACUACAGCAGGUGAUGAGGAUGUUGCUCACGCUGUUGGACCGAGGAUACACCCCUCUCUAAUGGGCGGCCAACAGCCUGUCUUGUAAUAAAAAGGGGGAGCGAAAGGGAGGUGUUUGACACCCACAAAAUGCAGUUGAGAGGGGUUUGGGGUGCAGCUGCAUUGUGAAUGGAGGGGGGUUGACCAAGUAUCUCCUGGGUUUUUUUUACAUGGGUCUAAAUGAACCAACCAACCAACCUUCAGUCCCUUCCAUCCCCCCCACCGCACCACCACCACAUUCACUCUCCUCUGGAUCAAGGUGCUAUUAUUGUGGUCUUUCUUUAAACUGUGUGAAAAGCAUGUAAAACCUGGGUUGAUUUUUAAUUUCACGUUGCUUUAUUGGGGGGUCAAGAAAAAAAUGUGUGCAGAGCCAAACAUGAGGGAGUUCCUUUGCAUUUAGGCAGCAAUGUGACGGUGGCAGUUUCCCAAAGACCAGCAAGGGGGUGGCCGGUGUGUCCCUGUGCGUGAGCGAGCGACAGCAGUUGUUGCCAGUCUCCCCUCUUCCACUGCCUUCCUGGUUCUUCCAAAAAGAAAGAAAGAGAAAGAAAGAAAGCCAUAGAUAACUCUAUACAGAGCCUCUAUCUAUCUGUCUGUCUAUAAAUGCAUAUAGAUAUAUAAAGUAUAUAUAUAAGAUAUAAAAAAAUACGUCAUAUAUGGAGAGUUUAAACAAGGCUGUUUGAAGGAAGGGUCAGUCUGUGGCAUCAUUUCCGGCGUCUGACCCGGGGGGGGGGAGUCAGAUCUUAGGGUGUUUUGAGGGCCACUAAGACUCACCAGCUGUGCGAUAUUCCCAACAUGGCAGCAGGGGAGGCCUGCUGUUCAGAUCAUUUCCAGGCCAGGGCCUUGCAGUGAUGAGGCUUUGCUCACCUGAUGGAUUUUGAAGGCCUUUUUCCUGCUGCCAGAAAGCCCUGAACCAACCAGCCCCUCACAAGGGCUUUUUCUGGAGUUUCAAGAUGACAGAGUCAGUCCCUCGGCCUCCCCCCCCCCCAGUGUGGGCAGGUGUCCCUUUGGGGAUGACCACUGAGGGCGAUGGAGGGGUGUGUGGCAGACAGGACCCCCCAUAGCAGUUCAAGGGACUUGGGCAAGACCGCUUCCCUCCCCAGUGCCCACUCUGGGUCUGAUCUGCACCGCUGCCCUGGAGGACCGUGCAAGGCAAGGGGUGGCUUGUCCCUGCUCAGAGGGGGCAACUGGACAGGCAGCAACAGGGGCUUUGGGGUCAGCCAUGGGGCCCCUAUGGGAUGUGGGCCAGGUAGGUGCCCAAUAAUGUCAACCCACAGGAGGACACAGUCCGCUGGGUCUGACAUGGAAGUAGACUUGCCCCUUCCCCCCCCCAGGAAGCAAUGCCUCGGUCAAAAGCACCUUUAUUUCAGUAUAACCCCCAAAAGGCAGGACAAAAAAACAUUGAAGAGGGACAGAAGUGCACCCAGGGCAGGAAACAAGUGUAUUGCAAGGACAACAUUCGUUACAACUGCAGGAAGAGCCAGAACGGCUUGUGGAGUUAGUGUCCCUCUCACACACGCCACGCUUUUAUGUCGACCUCACUUCUUUUGGGUUCCUCUGAUGAAGCAUCCCUCAGAGCACAACCGGGAUUGAGCCACAAACUCCUGGAGGUGGAAGGGAGCCCAGUCUCUGAAGCACCUCCAGCAAGGAGAGCCCACCACCUCCCAGCUCUUUCCCAAGGCUUAGCCAAAACAGCCCCCAAACCUUUUGGUUCUAGUCCUCCCCCCCCCCCGCAUGGUGGCACUGCAGGCCUGAAGACCUCUGGGCUUCCAGGCCCCUCUGCUGGACACGCUCCAGAUGCCCUCCUUAAAAUGUGGUGCCCAGAAGUGGGCACAGGGCUCUGUGCAGCCUGGCCAGGGCAGGGCGGAGGAGAACGCCAGUCCCCUUGCUGCUUUGCGACCAUCCGGUUCCGCAAACAAAACCCACGGCUUUGUGGCGGCCCCAUGGCUGCUUCUGCGUCUGAGCGGGUUGCCCUGCAGUGGACAGGGUGCCCGGGGGCUUUGCCCAGUCCCAGCUGGCAGCAGGAGGGAAGCCACCUGCACCUGGGUCAAGGCUAAACCGUGCACAAUGAUGGCAGGCCCUUCUCAUGACCCACCACAGGCCCACCCUUGCUUGUAAUGUGACUUGAGGGAUGGAAGAGCAAUAUGCAGGUGGGGGGAGAUGGUACUGAGCCCUCCCCUCUCCCCAGCCUGCCACUCUUGCCACCAUGGAGGUCCUUUCCCUGCCGUCUGGCUCCGGGUUGCAGAAGGGAGCCCAGUGCAGUGAAAAGCAUGGGGUGGGGAGAGGAUUUAACACCCCUUGGUUUCCUGCCUCUAUAGCACUUUAAAUCAGGACACACACAUCCCCCAUAUGAGAUUGGGCAGACCUGUGUUUACCUGGGGGCAAACACCGGCCAUUUGUGUGUUUGAAAAACCCUGCACUUCAGAGUACAGAUCGGGAGCUAACAUGGCAUCUAGUUCAGCUCUCAGAAUGCCACUUCUGAGCCUCAAACAGGCCUUUGCAAAACAUGAAAGGACCUGGGAAGGGAUGGACUUGGGCAGAAGGGAGAAUUUUCCACCAAUGCAGCAGUAGGUCAGAAGAAGCAUGCAGAUUUCUCCCGUUAC